UAAGACUGUCUCUUGCGAUCGCAAAGGGAUCUAUCUAAAGACAUCGACUGAAGAAUUGCCACAAACGUGGUACAAUUCGUCAAGAAAGGAUUUGCUAUGUCCAGUCUCCUGGGUGUCUGGUUCUUACUCAUCCUCCACUACGUGGCUGCAGUGAUGGACUGCCACCCGGGUUGUCGCUGUGAAGUCGAGAGCUUCGGCCUGUUCGACAGCUUCAGCCUGACCAGGGUCGACUGUAGUGGGGUGGGCCGUGGUCGUGGCCUGGUGGUCCCCAUCUCCAUCCCGCUGGACACCUCCUCCCUGGACCUGUCCUCCAGCGCCAUCCACACCAUCGCUGACUCCAUGCUCUCUGGGCCGGGCUACACCACCCUGGCCAGCCUGGAUCUCAGCAACAACCUCCUCUCCAGGCUCAACAGUAGCAUCUUCUCCAGGCUGCGCUACCUGGAGACCUUGGACCUGAGCCACAACGCCCUGGAGGAGCUGGCCCCCGGCUGCUUCUCUGGCCUGCCCCUGGCCGAGGUGGACCUGAGCGACAACAGGCUCCAGGAGCUCAGCCUGGAGGUCUUUUCCAACAAGGGCCACGGUGCAGGACCUCUCAACGUGGACCUGUCUAAUAACCUGCUGAACACGGUCACAACUAGGGAUCUACAGGUGCUAAGCCCUCCUAACAUUCAGAGCCUCAGUCUGGCAGGGAAUCGUCUGAGGGCCGUGCCCAAGCUGCAGGGCCUCCCUCUGAGGUCUCUGAGCCUGGACGGCAACCCCAUCCUCAGCAUCGAAAGGCACAGCUUCACAGGGCUAAGGGAUCUGGCUUACCUGUCUCUCAGUGGGCUGUCUGAGCUCACCUCCAUCCAGCUCCAAAGUUUCAGUGAGCUGAGCAGCCUGCAGGUCCUGGACCUGUCCCACAACAUCAGGCUGAGACCACUUAACCCUGAGGUGUUUAGCGGACUGGCUGCCUUACAGGAGCUCAACCUGUCCAACUCAGGGGUGGUGUCUCUGCCUAGCAACAUUCUCCACCUCCUGCCCAGCAUCAAAAGCAUCGUUCUCAGGGAGAAGGUAAACUGUUGGAAGACCCAUAGACAGGGGCAGUUCCACAGACAGAUAGGAGGACAGUCAAAGAGGGGGGAGGAAUUGACCUGUGAUGUCAUAGGAAUCGUUUUAUGAGGCUGCCUGCCUUAACAGGUUGGUCAAAAUGAAGAAGGUGGAGAAGCAGUGAGAGCCUCACAGUGAAACCAGUUUAUACAGUAAUCGCACUAUAUUUCAAAAUUCAGUCCUCAGAUUUUUGCAUCAUCAUCAAGGGUUGCACUCAUUUACAAAAUAUAGCUUUUGUUCCACUGCUUCAAGGGAGUGUGCAAUAAAAUACCAGUGUAGAACAGUGGCCACAGGGGCUAAUAAACCAAUGUUAUUAUUUUAAAUUAGGCUGGCAACUGAACUAACCAUCUUGAUAACAUCAUGAUGACACGUGAAGAUUUACAAGGAAAAAGACAGAAAUGAUUACCUGCACUUGAUUUGUAGUUUUCAAUCCCUUUACUAUUUUUGGAUUAAUUCAAUUGAACUAAAUAAUGACAUCUCAUACAGUGUUAUGAUGCAUUAAUAUCCAUCAGACUAAUAAUGUAAUAAACCGUUUUAGAGGGCCUCAUAUUGUUAAACAUCACAACAAUUUCUGCUGGCAGAAGAAUACCUUGUGAUUACAAUGUUAUUAUUUUUGGAUAACAUUAGAAGUAUGUUUUUGCAACAUUUUCUACAGUAUUGCCUUGGACAUAUAUUAUGUUAUGUCUAUGAAGCCUGUCAACUAUUGUUAAUGACUGAAACAGAGACAUUAAUUUUCAAUAAAAUGGAUGCAACACAA